AUGAUGAUGACGUGCCGUCUGCUGUGCGCCCUGUUGGUGCUUGCCCUGUGCUGCUGCCCGUCCGUGUGCGUGAAAACAAGUGAAGGUAAAGCUGAAAAAUCUGGAAAAGUUUCCGUUUCAGGGAAUCCUAAGCCAGAGGGACAAGUUCAUGUGACGAAAUCGCCCUCUCCAGAAGAAGACACUAGUCGGGAUCAGAAAACUGACGUUGAUGCGAGGGUAAAGGACACCAGUCCGUCCGGUGCAGCAGAGGGAGCACUUCGGAGCAGCGGUGAGUCAGAUCCACGGAGCCAGGAGUCCGGUGCGGAACAGGGAAGAAAUGCCGGAGCGGGACCAAGUUCGACCGCUGCAGGUCCGGAAUCAGUUGGCGUGUCUAACACGUUACAAAAUCAUGGUACGGACGGUACUCCAGUACCAGAAAUCAGCACAAGACAAUCCGCAGAAGAAGCAAAUCAGGAAGCCGAAGAUCCUGCCGAGAAGACCACGACGACGACUACAACACAUGCACCAACAACGACCACCACCACUGCGCCAGAGGCACCAACCACGAAUACAGAGGCACCAACCACGACGACCAGCGCACCGUCGCGUCUUCGCGAAAUCGACGGCAGCCUCAGCAGCUCUGCGUGGGUGUGUGCCCCGCUGCUGCUCGCCGUAUCCGCGCUGGUGUACACCGCUGUGGGCUGA